CUUCAAUCAAUGAUCUAAUCAACCCGAAAUAUUUCUCACGUCCUUAAUAUCUAGAGGACCUGCGUCUACUUUCACCACCAAAUCCUCAUCACUUCGUCAAUAUGACCUUCAAACACACACCACUUCGACGCUCGAAACUCGAACACACGCGUUGGCCUUCACAGGAUUCACAGUACGUUGCCUCAACACAUACGGCAGAGUUCCGCCAGGAUGAUCAGCCACCAGACUAUCCGGGACGUGCCAAGGUCGCACUCAUUAUGUUCUCCCUCUACAUCUCCAUUUUCCUCGUCGCGCUCGAUCGUACGAUAAUUGGUCCUGCGAUCCCAGAGAUCACCAAUCAGUUCCACUCCCUCGACGACGUUGGCUGGUACGGUUCCGCAUACAUGUUGACAGCAUGCGGCUUUAUCCUCCUCUACGGUAGAAUCUACACCUUCCUACCCACAAAGUGGGUGUUCUUAUCAGGAAUUCUGCUCUUCGAGAUCGGCUCCGCAAUUUGCGGUGCUGCGCCUAAUUCUCUGAUCCUGAUCGUCGGACGUGCUAUAGCGGGGCUGGGCUCUUCUGGAAUCUUCACAGGUGCCAUCCUUAUCAUGUUGCAUAUCGUUCCUCUGCAUCGUAGGCCGAUGCUCCAAGGUCUCUUUGGCGCCUGCUUCGGCGUUGCAUCUGUCACCGGUCCUUUGUUGGGCGGCGCUUUCACGGGAUCCAAGGCUACAUGGAGAUGGUGUUUCUACAUCAACUUGCCUCUUGGUGCCAUCACCAUUGCGGUAUCUAUGCUCUUCGUUCACCUCGACGAAACAAAGCCAAAACUCCCCUGGAAAGAAAUGUUCAUCAACCUCGACCCUCUCGGCACGCUGAUCUUUAUUCCUUCCAUCACAUGCUUGCUCCUCGCAUUACAGUGGGGAGGAACAGAGCAUGCAUGGUCGGAACCUCGAAUGAUUGCGCUUCUGGCCGUUUUCGCUAUUCUAUUCGUAGCCUUCAUCGCCCUACAGUACCUGACCCGGCGCACCACAGCCACAGUUCCGGCCCGCAUCAUCUUCCAGCGCAGUGUUGCAUUUGGUGGCUUAUCCCAAUUUUUGGUCGGAUCCACCAUGCUGACUGUGUCAAUUUAUCUCCCAAUCUGGUUUCAAGCAAUCAAAGAUGCAUCUGCGAUGAAGUCAGGGAUCGAUAUGAUACCGCUUGUUCUUUCCGUGGUCGUCGGAUCAAUCCUUAGUGGUGGCUUGGUCCAACGAUUUGGCUACUACACUCCGUUUAUGAUUAUGGGUUCGAUUCUGAUGUCAAUUGGUGCGGGCCUGCUUACAACUUGGACUGCAAACACCGGCCACUCCGAAUGGAUUGGAUAUCAAGUCAUCCUCGGUCUCGGAGUGGGGUUUUCUAUGCAACACCCCAACCUCGCGGUCCAAAUCGUUUUACCAAAAGAAGAUGUUCCAUCGGGUACCGCACUGCUGUCAUUCUGUCAGACUCUAGGCGGGGCAGUAUUCGUCGCUGUGGGCCAAAACGUUUUCAUGGACAAAUUCAUAAUGAAGCUCGGGGACAUCAGAGGCAUCGACCCAAUGCACGUUCUCCACUUAGGUGCGACGUCUUUUAGAGGCGCCGUGCCAGUGAGUCUCCAGCCACUGGUGAAGGAGGCUUACAACUACAGUCUUGUCAAGGGCACAUUUUUCGUGGCUCUCAUAGUCGCUUGCUUGAGCUUUUUGGCUGCUAUUGGGAUGGAGUGGCGUAGUGUCAAAGAAGUGGCGGCACCACCUGCAGGAGCUUAUCCUGUAAGGGACGAGGAGGAGAGUCUGAGUUUUGAGGCCUUCCGCCAGAACGCAGGCGCAGAGCUGGCAGUUAUUCGACAUGUUUCCCGUGAUUUUGAGUCUGAGAUGUCAUCAAUUAUCAUUGAUACAUUCUCGCACGACGACAUCGAGUCGCCGAUAUCAUCGAGGUAUUCGGCUUGGUCCUUUCGCGGAGCUCAGUCCGAAAUGUCACUUGCUCUGGAGAGGAAGCCUGUUGAGACGCUAUGAUCCUAAGGAUCCCGGGUUCUGGGAACGCCUUUGCCGUCGGAAGCUGGGGUUGAUGAUUCUAUUCAUGGAUCAAUUACCCGGACCCACAGCAUUCCUUGUAUCUGCACUCAGCAAAUCUAAACGUCGCAACUAGAUAAUGAAAUCCUGAAUACGAAGCUCAGAUAAGCAAGUCUUGCAAACAA